AUGCAGAACUCACCCAGCAACAAUCUUCCGGAGCGCGCGCUGUCGACAGCAGGCGCUCCGAACGUUCAGCGAGCUGGCGCGGAUGACAGAGAGCGAGGGAGCGCGGGGAUGGAUGAUGGGGAGAUUGUGGAAAUGGACGGCUGGAUGAUUCCGCAUCCACGUAUGCGGGCGCCGCCGUCAGUGGUGCGCGCACCCGUGACGGACGCUGUUGCGAGCCCCGAACCUGUGCCGGACGCCGUUGCGAUCCCCGAACCCGCGACAGACACAGUUGCGAGCCCUGAACCCGUGGCGAACACCGUCGCGAGCCCCGAACCCGACAAAAAAAGAAAAUCUCGUAACCGCUGUGCUUCGCAAAGGUCAGCAGCUGCCAGGCGGCGUCGCGCAGAGGUGGCGGCGCGCGUCACGGAACUCGACAACAUGAUCGAUGAUGUACAUACCGGUAUGGAGCGUUCUCGCGAACCGGUAGGUUCCGCGCGCAGGCAGCGCGCACAGGAGUGGGUCGAUGACGAGAGUGAGGAUGACGCUGCGGGUGUAGAGGGUGCAUUGCUCGCGAGAUCGUCGUUGACGCCACUUACGAGUAGUUCCGUUGAACUUCCUGUAUUGGAUCCUGCUGCUGGCUCGCGCCAUGGUCUACGUAGUGCGUCAGUACAUGGGGUCAUGCGUUUGGAAAGAAACAGUGUUACGGGCUCACCUGUACCUGUUCUCGGAAAGCGGAGACUUGUGCCAUACGUGGACAUCGUAUUGCAGCCUAACCGUCGCGCCAAAAAAGCGGUUACUGCGACUGAGCCUGCAGAUGAAUUGUCUCAUACUAAGGCACUCAAGCGAGCAGUGUUUGAUAUGGCAGCAAAGAAGAAUGCUGCGCUUAAGGCCAAGCAGCACAGUGAGGUUCCUGUUCACCAGCGUCGUCGGUGGAAUGCGGAGGCGAAAGCUGCUACUGCAGUUGAAAAUCGCCAGCGUCCACCCAAAGUCAACCACAAGGCCAAGAAAAUUCUGCAUGGUAAUGUGAGGCGUAACUGGCAUAAGAACCACUUCCAGCAGCAGAACAAGGUCGUGAUCAUGGGCAAGCGGACACCCAAACUUCCUUUAAUGUUGGGAGAAAGACAACUGACCGGCAGAAGUGGUCCCACUGGGACUGCUUGA